GUGUAUAAAAGAAGCGAGCUACCACAAUCGACUGACAAAUUGCCAACGGAUUUUGCAACAACUGGUUCAUUUCAUUUGUAAACAAAACAUCGCGGGGAUUAAUCCGUAUUUUUAACAAUAUGAAUUCGGUAUUUCUUGUUGUGUAUAUUUGCGGAUUUCUUUCGUAUUUAGAAGCUAAUCCAGUUAAAUUACCGAAAGGUUUCAUUCAAUGCAAGCAAAGCGAUCCACAAUUUGACCAAUGUGUAACCAAAGCAGUCAACGAAGCUGUACCAGAAUUAGUAAAAGGAGUACCGAGAUUCGGUUUACCACCAAUCGAUCCCUUAAGGAUAUCUACGCUUAGCAUUGACCAAGGACAUGGACCAGUGGCCAUAAAAAUGGAUUUCAACGAUUUAGAUAUUGUCAACAUUGGUACCGCUGAUGUGAAGGACGUAAAAGUCGACAUGGGUAAGAAAGCUAUUAAUAUGAAACUCGACUUAUCGGCUCCAGUCAUCUUGGAGGGUCAUUACAAGGUCAGCGGAAAAGUUUUAGUUUUGCCAAUCCAAGGAGAUGGACGAAGUAAAUUCACCUUAUCUGGCUUCAAAGCUGAAGCAACGUGCAAUUUCAAAGAGACCACCAAGGAUGGCGAAACGUUCUGGAGUUUGGAUAAUAUGGAUUUCAAUUUCUCCGUCACCAAAUUACACAUUAUAAUGGAAAAUUUGUUUAAUGGAGACAAGGCAUUAGGAGACAACAUGAACGUAUUUUUGAAUGAAAACUGGCCGGAAAUUUUAGGAGAAUUACGUGGUGCUUUCAGAACCGCCUUCGCAUCUGCGUUCUCGGAAAUCGCUCAAAGAUUCUUUGAAAAAGUACCGAUUGAACAAGUAUUCCCGAAAUAAUAAGUUCCUCGAUUAUUUUAAUUUUUUAUCAUAAGUGCCUAUUUAUUGUAUUUAUUUCAAAUUGUGUGUAAAAUUAUUGUAAAAAAUCUCAUUGUAGCUAUGCAUUUUUCACGAUUAGCUACUUAGACUAUAUUAAAUGUGAUUAUUAUUCUUUUUCAA